UUGCAGUCACUUUUCGAGCUGGAGCUGGCCGGAUGCAAUGAAAUCACCGAAGCUGGUCUUUGGGCAUGCCUAACGCCCCGGAUAGUGUCCCUCUCCCUGGCGGAUUGCAUCAACGUGGCGGACGAAGCCGUCGGAGCCGUAGCACAACUGUUGCCUUCACUGUACGAAUUUUCGCUGCAGGCGUAUCACGUGACGGAUGCAGCGUUAGGUUAUUUCUCACCCAAACAAAGCCACAGCCUAAGCAUCUUACGGUUACACUCCUGCUGGGAGCUAACGAACCAUGGAGUAGUUAAUAUCGUGCAUUCGCUGCCCCAUCUAACAGUAUUAUCGCUAUCGGGUUGCAGUAAAGUGACGGACGAUGGCGUGGAGCUGAUUGCGGAAAACCUGCAGAAGCUGCGUGCCCUCGAUCUGUCCUGGUGUCCCCGGAUAACCGAUGCCGCCCUCGAAUACAUUGCCUGUGAUCUAAACCAGCUGGAGGAGCUGACGCUUGACCGAUGCGUCCACAUAACGGACAUCGGAGUCGGCUACAUUUCGACCAUGCUGUCCCUGUCGGCGUUGUUCCUGCGCUGGUGCACCCAAAUCCGGGACUUCGGCCUGCAGCACCUGUGUUCGAUGCGCAACCUGCAGGUCCUGUCGCUGGCCGGCUGCCCCCUGCUGACCUCUUCCGGUCUGUCCAGUCUGAUCCAGCUGCGGCACCUGCAGGAACUGGAACUGACCAACUGUCCCGGGGCGUCACACGAACUUUUCGACUACCUGCGGGAACAUCUGCCCCGCUGUUUGCUGAUCGAAUAAUUGCUCCGGGUUCGGGUCGAGUUUUUAUACCUCUAGAUAUCUUUUUUCUAGUCUUAUUAUCUUUUGCUUAUAUUUAUUUUUCUUUAUGGUAUACUAACAACAUACUUUUGUAAAUAAAUAUAAACGCUGGAUUAUGGCACUGUCCGUUAAAAUGUACCUUAAUUAGUUUGCGGUUGGAGCUAAUAG